GCUGGACACAUCUCCCAGUGGCAGAGCAGACACACCACAGAUACACUCUCAGAUACACACUGACUUUCCAACACACCAGAAUCAGAUGUUCUGAUCUUUAUAACAGGUUUUAUUGAUUUAAAAAAAUAUAUCUGAAAUCUGGAUAUACUUUUCUUUGACUGCUGGUCUCAGGAGAGGUCAUGGAUCCAAUUGUGGAAGUAGUGGCUUUGGUGCUGGGGUUCAUUGGUUGGGUGAUGGUGGGGGUCACCCUGCCGAACCGUUACUGGAGGACGUCCACCGUCGACGGGAACGUCAUCACCACGUCUACCAUCUAUGAAAACUUGUGGAUGUCGUGUGCGACGGAUUCCACCGGGGUGCAUAACUGCAGGGAUUUCCCUUCGCUCCUCGCUUUGAGUGGUUACAUUCAAGCGUCUCGUGCCUUGAUGAUCACAUCGAUAGUGUUUGGCACAUUUGGACUGGUGGCGGCCCUGAUUGGAGUGCAGUGUUCGAAGGCUGGAGGAGAUAACUAUGUUCUCAAAGGGAGGAUUGCUGGCACUGCUGGAGUCCUGUUCAUACUUCAAGGUCUGUGCACAAUGGUCGCAGUGUCCUGGUACGCCUUCAACAUCACUAGGGAAUUCUUUGACCCUUUCCAUCCCGGGACAAAGUAUGAAAUAGGAGAAGCACUUUACAUCGGCUGGUGCUCCGCUGUGCUCGCCAUCGCUGGAGGAGCCUGUCUCACCUGCUCCUGCAAAAUGGCCACAGAGGAAAAAUACCCGUUGCCUUAUCAAACCAGGGGAACUGUAUAUUCUGGAGCUGCACCGACCAGAAGCGUGACUGCUACUAGUACUUACGGCAGAAAAGAUUACGUUUGAACGGGAUGUGAAAAUGGAACUUUAUCACCAAAAACUUUUUGAGAUGCCCUGGUGUUCAAAUUUUACACUACAGAUGGAGCUUUUGUCUAUGACUUUGUGGAAAAGAUAAAGGUCCAUCAUGCCACUGUGCUGUAUAUAUUACAAUAUAAUGUGUGUAUUCUGUAUCACUUAUAGCAUUGAAAUUAUAGCAUUAAAGUUGUAAAAAGUUAAGCUACUAAUCACCGGAUUGGUGUACAAAUGUACUAAAUGCUUGCAAUGAUUAUAUUUAUGUUUCCCUAAAGAUGUUAGCAAAAUUCAUUUACAUACAUUCAUUUAUUUUAAAGAUUAUUUUUUGGACAUUUUAGGCCUUUAUUUGGAUAUGACAGAUUGGACUUGAAAGGGGAGAGAGAAGGGGAAUGACAUCCAGCAAAGGGCCGCAGGUCAGAGUUGAACCCGCGGCCGCUGCGUCAUGGAGUAAACCUCUAUAUAUGGGCGCCCGCUCUACCAGGUGAACUAACCAGGCGCCCAUUUAAUCUUUUUCAUAGGAAUCCAAUCAUUUGAUGAUAAGACAUUUGUUAAGGGGAAGGUCAAACCUGUGAUAAUCCAGAUAUUUCUGUUUGUGUGUGUGUGUAUGUCUAUGUGUGUUUGUGUGUGUGUGUUUGUGUGUGUGUGUGUGUGUGUGUGUGUGUGUGUGUGUGUGUGUGUGUGUGUGUGUGUGUGUGUGUGUGUGUGUGUGUGUGUGUGUGAGUGUGAGAGAUAUGUUUUGUACAGUUUUAUAGAUAGUACCUGUAAAAGACAUUGCAUAACAAGUCUUUCUGAUGUUUGGUUUUCUACGAUUGUGCACAAUAAAAUGUGUUAUGCCAAACA